AUGCCCCCAAGCUCGCAGCGGGGCCAUCAAAAAGACGGGUGCAACUUCACCAUCGUCCCACUGUCGGCGGAGAGCUACGGACGGUGGGGGGACGAGGCGGCUGCUCUUCUCAACCGUAUGGCCCGGCACAUGCGGCCACCUGUCUAUAUGGAGGAGGGCGACGUGGAGUUUUUCCGCGAGACAGCAGUGGAGAGGUGGUGGGCUCGACUUAGUGUGCUGCUGCAGAAGGGCAACGCACACAUGGUGCGGAGCAGGGCGUGGCGGGCAAGCAGGUGGAAUGGGCAGGAGAGGGCGGGUUUUGCUGAGGGGCUGUUGCUAGAGCGGGAGCCUUUCCACCCUCGUUGA